AUGUCCGACUCAGGCUCUCGUUCGCCUGUACCUCCUCCCCCGCAGAGGUACUCACGCGCUGCUAACGCCCUUGCCCGCCGUUUUGCGCCGUUUUUUGGGUCGAGACCCCCAAGUCCCCAGAAUAAGAUCGAUGGUACUUACCCGAUCAAGUCAAAAUCGCUUCCAGGUGAGCCGCAGACAGUUACACACCGAACUGGUAUUCCCAUCGCCGCCCUAGAUGCGUCCCCCGACAAAACCCAUGCUAUAAUCGGUGGCAAGGAGAUUCUCAAAACUAUUCGAGUCUCACCUGAUCAUUCCACCGAGGAAUUCAAUCUUCGUGAUGCCAUCAUCAGCAAUGCAUCCACCCAGCAGGACGGCGUGAUACCGCACAAGGACCAGUUGAAUGUACAAGAUGUGAAAUGGUCACAUAGCAAUUUCGACCGGAUCAUAGCAACCGCCGUCGCCAAUGGUCGGAUCGUCGUUUACGAUUUGCAGCGACCCGACCUUCAAUUAUGUCGUUUCCAAGGCCACAACCGCCAGGUCCAUAGACUCGCUUUCAACCCUCAUCUUGCCUCUUGGCUACUCUCGGGUAGUCAAGAUGGUACUAUCCGUAUGUGGGAUCUAAGAACCGCCCCGACAAAUCGCGGUCUUUCCACAUGUAGCAGCAAGCAUGUCUACCAUGGCAACAGCGAUGCCAUCCGGGACGUCCGGUGGUCCCCCGGUGACGGAGUCGUGUUUGCGACGGCUUCGGAUAGCGGCGCCAUUCAAAUGUGGGAUACGCGCAAAACGAACGCUCCGCUUAUGAGGAUUGCCGCUCAUGAUCGUCCUUGCUAUGCCGUCGAUUGGCACCCCGAUGGGAAACACAUCGUCAGCGGAGGCACUGACCGGCAGGUCAAGGUCUGGGAUUUUUCUUCGACCGCAGACCGACGGCAGAAACCCGCGUUCCACUUUCGCACCCCACAAGCUGUGACCAAUGUACGCUGGAGACCAGCGUCUUGGGUCGGUGACUCUCCGAGCUCUGGCCAGCAGCAGUCAUCUCAACUGCUCACCUCCUAUGACAAAGAAGAUCCGCGAAUCCAUCUUUGGGACCUCCGCCGUCCACAUGUCCCUUUCCGAGAAUUCGAUCGCUACGAUUCACAGGCUGCCGAUUUGCUUUGGCGUUCCAAGGAUUUGUUGUGGACAGUAGGUGAAACUGGCGCCUUCACUCAGACCGAUAUUCGAUAUACACCUACGGUCGUCAAUCGUCGACCGACGUGUUCAGUCGCCUGGAGUCCAAAUGGCGGAUUUGUCGCUUUCUCCCAAAAACGACCCCGGCGGCGACAUCUUGGCGUCGAUGCUGCCGAAUUCAUCAGUAUUGAGGAUGAUAGAGAGAGUAGCAACGGCGAAAAGUUGCUAAGAGAGAGCCCAUCAGAUGACGUUCUCAAUGAAGCUGCAUUUGCUUCUUCAUUUCGGUAUCAGCAGAAAAAGCCCACUACAAUCCGACCAACAAAGUCUUUAGGCAGCACCCCUCCCGGUGCAGUAGAUAUUAUUGCUGUUCUUCCUCUAGACCAAGCCCUGGCCAAAAAUUCUACUUCUUGUCCGAGCCAGAUGGGAGCUAUCGGAACCAUACCGGGUGCCACCAGCGAUGAAUCGCUCUUUAGGUUCCUGGCACGAAAUUAUGCGCCUCUCAUAGACGAACGUGACAGCAACACAGCCCAUCUCGAUGAUCUUAACUCUUUGAUAGAGUCGCUUGAUCAUAAUGCUGAGCGCGCAGAUGAAGUAUCACUGACGACCCUGGCUCAGACCUGGCGUAUUGUCAAGUUUGCCAUUCUUCAGGAGCUCCAACGCAGGUCGAGGGAGCAGCCGCCACGGAAGGGUGGUCUGAAGGGCAAGCAAUCCAAGGACGUCUUGAUGGCAGAGAAAUCACGAGCAGUUGAUGAAAAGGUCAAAAGCCGACUGUUCAAGGGGGUCAUGGAGACGGAGGGCCAGGCAAGCCUUAUUCCAGAGGCCGAGAGCACAUCGAAUAUGACUACACCUGUCGCUCGACCGCUACCAGAUUCACCCAAGGAGGCCAUGGACUCUUGGACAAGCUCUGAUUCGCAAAUACCUUCAGUAAGUGACGACACUGACGAUUUCGAACAACUUCCGCCAUCAGUGCUCAGUUCUCAUAACGGCUGGCGCAUGUCUGUUCCAGAGGCUGGUCCCAUCGCAACUGCGAACGAAGUAGAGUCAGAGCCUAUGGCCCCUAUGCCUCACUCUAUAGAUGUCGUUCCCAACCGUCUUUGCGAUCCAAGCUAUGACCUGGACAGCGAUCAGAGAUCUGCUCCCCGGGCAAUUGCCGGGAGAGCAGACUGGCGUGGUCGUGGCCGUCCUACUUUUGCUCCCGAGGCUACUGAUGAUGAUUAUGACCAAAAGAUGGAGACCAAGCGAGCAGCCCUCAAUGACUACAAGCAUAUCCCCAAGAAUAUACUCACGCUGGAUUCUGCUAUGGGAACCCACCGCCCCCCAACAGCGGACCGUUACAUGGGCGAUUCUGCAGAAAGUUUUCCGAUGUUCUCGGCAUCUACUGAUAGCUCAAACCCUGAGAAAUCUAUCGCCGCGUCCUACUCACCCAAUGGACGGUUCCCAGAGGGCCGUCGAUUGUCCGAUGCAGGCCAGGCAAGCCAGGCUGUCUCCCAUGCUAGUGGGCCACCUAAUCCUCCCAGAAUUGAAUCCAUCUUGGAGCCGGCACAGGAGGAGCCUGAAGAAGAUUCGGAGCUUGAUGAGUCACUUUUAGAAAAAGACCUUGCUCACCUUGAUCGACCUUCCAGUCCAUUCACUCUGGUGACCAAAUCUACCCCGCUUGAGCAACCGGACUUGAUGGAGCCUCGGUCUUCUGAAAAACCGCACUUGGUGAACAACCCUGUGUAUCCUACGAUUGCAGGAUUUUAUGAAGGUCUCUCCCGCAUGACCUUUCCCCUGGCCCCAGAUACCGCAGACCCAAACCCAUGGAGUAUUGAGACCAUUCUAAAAGAAGCUGUUCGGUACUAUCAUAGCGGCAGCUCCAUCGACAUCCAGACUGCAGCGCAUCUGCUACAAAAGCUCCACGUCCUAUUCCACGAUUGCGAGGAGAUUUUCCCACGCGAAGAGAGUCAAGAGGUCUUUCAAACAUACAAUGAAUAUCUCAUUCGACACUCAAUGGACUUGGAGGCAGCAGAGCUCCGCCUAUCUUGCGUACCGACUUACCCUGCUGUGUAUGACUACGCUCAAAUUGAUACUUACAUCAACGUGUUCUGUUAUACCUGCCAAAGACCAUACGAAAACCCAAAGCGUGACAACACUCGUUGCUACCGCUGUAACACUCCGCAGGCACCGUGUACUAUCUGCAUGAGUAUCCAUCCACCCCCGGAAUGGGUCGCAGCACAACUGACGCAACCUUCGUCAUUUGAUUCCGAGAUCUUUAAUCCAGAAACUGAGACUACCUCACACCUCUCAUCCCACCUGUCAGUUGCAACCGAGCGUGCGCCAGAUGGCGAGUUAGACCACCUUUAUGAUUUCACUGUACCCCGUCCCAAAGGCGCAGCUCUCUGGACCUGGUGCCAAGGCUGUGGUCAUGGCGGCCAUUUGGCCUGCAUCACAACCUGGCUGAGUGAUCCUUCUAUUAGCGAGGGAGGCUGCGCUACACCUGGUUGCUCACACGAUUGCGGACCAGGUCCGCGUCGCGAGGCAAACCGCGAAGCUCAAUCCUCUGAAUCGAAACGCCGGGACACUGCCAACCGAUCUUCUGGCGUUGGCUUGGUAAAACGUGAUCCCUGGACCCGAGGUGAAUCCAAGGCCGUCGAAAAAGCGCGUGGCAUGCUAGGCGCUGCGGGCGUCACUACGGCACCUGGGGGUAGUGCUGGAGCUAGUGCUGUCUCGAGCAUUUCGACAACGAAUUCCGCACCUGGUCAGGUGCCUAGCAUUUCUAGUGUUUCUUCACCGAGGAAAGUGAGAGUCGUAGCUCCGAUUGAAAAGAAUGCGCGUACUGCCCCUCUCCGUCCGGGUGCCGGGCCUAAGGACUAG